UUUUGUGAUAUAUAUGCACAAUCGCCAAUUAUAAUGUUAGAAUAUAGUGAAAAAGAUGUUUCUUGUACUUGGGGGGACAAAAAAUCUGUAAUGAAGGCUUUAUGAACGACCAAUCUUGAAAAAAGCCCUAAAAAAAUUUGUCAUUUGUGAUGUGGUCCCAUGUGUGUCUCUAAACGGGAUCUUAUUAUGCUGGUUCAUACUGUACAAGUGGGACUUAUUUUACUGCAAUUGAUGGUCCAUGUCUUUGAAUCUUUGCUAAAGUAUGCAUUUUUUAUUGUCGGUUUGCUAGUUUUACUAUUUCUGUCAUCUAAAUUAUGGUCUGUGUUGUUUGUUUGUUGUUUUUGUUUCUUAUUUUUUUUUAAAUGUAGAUAAUGAUAGUACGAAAGUGACUGUGAAGUGUCACUUAUGGGGAAAAUGUGAAACUGAACCUGAUGUUCAUUAUGAGGGAGGUGAAUUAAGGGUGUUUGAUCAUGUAGAGGUCACAGGUAUAAGCCUUUUUGAAAUGGAUAGAAUGUUAGAAAGUCAGGAUAGAGAAUUGCAUGUCUAUUGUGUUAAUCAAUUUGAGUAUGGAAGGGUAGUUGAUUUGUACACAGAGGUUUCUUUUAGUGAGUUAUUAGCAUCAUAGUGGGGGUUUGAUAUUGAUGAUGAAGAUUUUGUAUUAGAAAAUGAAGAUGAUGAAUCUGAUAGUUAAUAUAUAGAGGGUUCUAAUUCUGGAAAAUUCUCAAGAAAAUAUUCUGAUUAUGAGCAAAAUUCUGAUGACAAUGACUAUGAAGAAAAUGUUGAUCAUAAUUUAGAAUAGUUAGGGGUAGAAAAUCACAGGAAACAGUAGCUUAAAAGGAAUAAAAAAAAGAAUAUGUAGAGGAAACUAGGGGACAAACAGUGAGUAAUUCUGAUACUGAUGAUGAUAAAUCCGACAUAGAUGUUGCACCAGAUUCAAGUUUAGAUAUUGAUAGUCUCCAAGGUUCAGAUAAAGAGGGUUAUUUAAAACCCCCUAUGUAUGACCCCAAGGAUGCAGAUAACCCCAAUCUUGAAAUUAGGCAGGUAUUUAUCACAUUCAAGAAGUUUAAAGAGACAGUUAGAACCUGAAAUAUCAAGUGGGGUAGACCAUUUAAAUUUACCAAGAGUGACACCAUUAGAUGCAGGGCAAUUUAUCCUAAAAAAGAAUGUGACGGGUACAUAUAUGCUAGGAAGAUGAAAGGUGAUGGCAGAUUAGAAAUUAGAACAUUCCAGCAGAAACACAAGUAUGGGUUUUCAUAUCAUAACAAGAGUGUGAAAUCUGGGUGGGUUGACAAAAUAUUUUAAGACAUUUAGGGAGAAUACCAAGAUGGAUUAUGCUAGCUUCAAAAAUCCGGUAAUGAAAGAGAACAAGUGCUAUUUGAGUAGACAUCAAGGCUAUAGAGCUAAAAAAAAUUGGCAGGAAGUUGGCCCAAGGUAGAGAUGUGAACCAGUACAAUAAGUUGCCCAAGUAUAUCAAUAAAAUCUUGAGAAGUAACCCAGGUAGUACUGUAGUAAUGAAUGUGGCAGAAGACUACUGUGAUUUAGUCAUCAAACAAGAAAAAUAUCAAAGUUUGUACAUGUGCUUCGCUGGUGUGAAAAAAGAAUUUUUAGAUGCUUGUAGGCCUGUAUUUGGAUUAGAUGAGACUUUCCUCAAAGGUGCGGUUGGUAGAGUAUUACUGAUAGCAGUUGAAGUUGAUCAAAAUAAUGGUUUGUAUCCAAUUGCUUAUGCAGCAACUGAGAGAAAAACUAAGAAUUCCUGAAUUUGAUUUCUUAUUUUACUUAAUGAGGAUCUAAAAAUUGAAAAAGAUUAUGAAUGGACCAUAAUGAGUGACAAGCAGAAGGGCAUAAUUCAAGCAUGUAAUUCAAUUUUUUUAGGGGCUAAUCAUAGAUUUUGUGUGAAGCAUAUGCAUAGCAAUAUGGUAGCUGCUGGAUUCAAAGGGACAGCCAUGAGGCAAGUCUUAUGGAAAGCAUCUAAGGCAACUACUCAUGCACAAUUCAUAAGAAGAAUGGAAGCCAUAGCAGAACUGGAUGUUGAUGCAAUUAAGUGGUUAGAGGACAAGAAUCCAGUUGAGUGGAGUAGAUCACACUUCAGAACAUUUCCUAAAUGUGAUAUGUUGUUGAAUAACUUAUGUGAAUCAUUUAACAGUGAAAUAUUAGAUGCCAGGGAAGGGUCCAUUGUUGUCAUGAUGAAGGCAUUGAAACAUUUUGUCAUGCAAAGAAUGCAAGAAAAUAGAGAUAGAGGUAGGAAAAAACGAAGUAAAUUUGGUUUCUAUCCAAAAAUUAGAAAAAUGAUGAAGGUUAAUAUUGACAAGGCAACUUACUAUGUGUCUUACAAAUCAAACUAUGUCAGUUUUGAAGUUAUUGGUCCUUAUGGUGAUAAGUGGGCAGUCAAUAUUUAGGAUUGGACUUGCUCAUACAGGAAAUGGGAUUUGACAGGGAUACCAUGUAUUCAUGCAAUUUCAGCUUUGUGGAUUGCUAUGAAGGCCCCUAUGCAGUACAUUGAUGACUGUUAUAGUGUUAAAAAAUAUCUUAAGUGUUAUGACCCUUGCAUUUUACCUGUGAAUAGAGCGUAUGAGUGGGAAGAUGUAGAUGUUCAGCCACCCAUGUCACCAACUUAUGGAAGAGUAUCAAGAAGACCAAAGAAACAGAGGAGAAAAUCUGGUGAUGAGAUACAGCAAACAAAGGACCAGGCAAGAAGAGAGGAAGCAGGUGUUGCAGCCAGUCAAAUAAGAGAACAGGGGCAGAAAACACAAGCAAAUCAGAAGGAUAUGAGUUUCUCACAACUAGAUGACAUGAUAGUAGAUAACUCUGUCAGGGGCAACACUUCAAAUGCAAAGAAGAGGAGAACAAAAACAUCAAGAAAUAUGUUGGAAAUGACACCAAACGAAGUGCAAAGCAAAUAGAUUCAUCACAGAACAACCCAACAACUGGUGAUGACAGCAUAAUAUCUUUUGCCCCUACUGCUUAACCAAACCUGCGUGAAGCUUUUGGGAUCCUAGAGCAUUUUGUGGUACAUUGCAGUCAACCAGUUGGCCAAGGAAGAACAGUAAUACCUUUUAGGAUCAAAGAUAUUCAAAUUCACCUUGCAAUGACAAAGGAAAAGCCAACAUCAACUAACUGAUAUGUAGUUAAUCAGCACCUUUUGGAUGUUGCUAAUCAGUACCUAGCUUAAUGUUAAUAAUCAACACCUUUUGGAUGGUUGUGUUGCUGAAUUUGAUUAGUAGUAACUUUUGUCAGAUUAGUAGCUUUUGUACAUUGGUAUUUAGAACUCAUGCAUCUUGAGAACAAGUCAGCGUGAACAUGACAGUUUUAAAGUUUGUAAUCAUUUCUGGCAAAUGACAAAACAGUGUCUAUUUAAUGGUUGUAAUAAAUUCUGAAUGUAUCUUUUGCAUAUUGGUUCCAAACCAGUAAUGAAUUCUUCUUUUA